UACGAUGGUUUGCCUGCACUAUUCUACUACAAUACGGACGCAUCGGUAGAGUUGAAUCGUCCGAAGGCCGUUCCGGCUCGUUUCAAUUUUUAUCCUCCUGCUGACAAUGCUUAUCUAGACAUCAUAAUAAUGGAACGUUCGCUGAACGGUACUUUCUUGGGCGUGCGAACCCUUUCCGAGAGCAAUCUCAUCGUUUGUGAACUGCAAAAUCGCCCGAAACUGAUCCAAUUCGGCAUGGCAUACCAUCGCAAAUGUCGUGUCUCCGUUGACUUUCUGCUGGCUUCAACUCGUCGAGACCGUCGUAAUCCAGCCACAACUUUCAUGGAAUUCUAUUUGCGUUUCCAAAAUGAACAAACUCCAAACUUGACUCAGUUGUGCGCAAUACCGAUUCUUGACGAGAAUAUUCGAGAAAAUGGACAGUUCGUCAAUCGUCUGCCACAAGAUGAGAUCAGCAAAUGGAUUCUAACAGAGCGAACCUACUUCGUUGACACCGUCUCUUUGGCAGAUGUUACUAAACAGAAUCAUCCAACCGUUUCUAAAGGAGGCUAUAUACGAUAUCCAGCCUACAUAUCUGUUGAGAUACAAAUACAGGUANGUGAUCCGUAUGGUCUUCCCUAUACAAGCCUUUCCCAAAAAGACGGUCACAUAAUGCCACCGUAUAUUCGUAUUCGGCAUGCUGAAAUCGAAAGGGACUCAGAGACGAGUCCAGAAAUGGCAUUUGAGAUUAAAUAUUUCAUGGACGGAACGAGACACUACAAAGAUCUUGAGAUCACAAUGGCUGUGCUGGGUGCCUUCACGGUAGUAUGGGCUGCUGUUGCUGCUUACAGUUGGGGACGACGUGCCGGCAAAAUGAUCAUUGAUCUGGUCACAAUAUGUAAACUGAUUCUAUUCGAAUGUGGCAUUCUUGGUGAUGUCUUCUUAACAGUUAUAAUGUCAAUGGCCGUUUGGAUCACAUUUGCGUAUAAAGCACAAAAACUACCAUACUACGUUAUGCUAUCGAGUGAACAGGUUAGCAGCAAUACCGAAUAUGAUUUCAAUUGA